UGGAACCGUGCGUUAUGACGUCACACGAAAGCGACGUGUCGGCCAUGUUUUAACUUUGUUGUUGAGCGCGCUUGUUUUCAAGCUGAAGAAGAGCGGCACGUGAGCACAACCAAACAGAACCGAACCGUGACGGACAGGCGGCCAUGGAUCCGGAUAUGGACUCGUGUCCCGCGGUGAGUGAGCGCGGGGACGCGGACGUCGGCCUCCGCACGGCGUGCUCGUCGAACGGCAGCGGUGGAGAGGACGACGACGCCGAGGCCGAAUCAGAGGCUCACGGCCGGGAGGCGGGAGACGGCGGCGGCUGCCAACACGCCCCGGAGAGGACCGCCCUGCUCGGCGGAAGAGAGCAGGAAGUGUCGGUAGAGAUCGGAGAAACCUAUUUGUGCCAGCGAGCCGAUAAAACUUGGCAUGCAGCAGAAGUGAUUCAGUCUCGACUAAACGAGCAGGAAGGAAGAGAAGAGUUCUACGUGCACUACGUUGGCUUCAACAGGCGUUUGGACGAGUGGGUGGGCAAAGCUCGGCUGGCGCUGACCAAGACGGUGAAGGAUGCGGUGAGGAAGAGCGUGGAAGUGGGCGGCGUGGGCGACAUCGGCGAGCAGCCCGAGCGCAAGAUCACACGCAACCAGAAACGCAAACAUGACGAGAUCAACCACGUGCAGAAGACAUACGCUGAAAUGGAUCCGACCACGGCGGCGCUGGAGAAGGAGCACGAGGCGAUCACCAAGGUGAAAUACGUGGACAAGAUCCAGAUUGGCAACUUUGAGAUCGACGCGUGGUACUUCUCGCCCUUCCCAGAAGAUUACGGCAAGCAGCCCAAACUUUGGAUCUGCGAGUACUGCCUCAAGUACAUGAAGUACGAGAACACCUUCAGGCACCAUCUGUCCAACUGCCAGUGGAAACAGCCUCCAGGCAAGGAGAUCUACCGCAGGAGCAACAUCUCCGUCUACGAGGUGGACGGACGCGAUCACAAGAUCUACUGUCAGAACUUGUGUCUGCUGGCCAAGCUGUUCCUGGACCACAAAACGCUUUACUUUGACGUGGAGCCCUUCAUCUUCUACAUCCUCACCGAGGUCAACAAGCAGGGGGCACACAUCGUGGGAUACUUCUCCAAAGAGAAAGAAUCUCCGGACGGGAACAACGUGGCCUGCAUCCUCACUCUGCCGCCGUACCAACGUCGCGGCUACGGGAAGUUCCUCAUCGCCUUCAGUUACGAGCUGUCCAAGUUGGAGAGUGCGGUGGGUUCGCCGGAGAAGCCGCUGUCCGACCUGGGGAAGCUGAGCUAUCGCAGUUACUGGUCCUGGGUGCUUUUGGAGAUCCUCCGAGAUUUCAGGGGGACGCUUUCCAUCAAAGACCUCAGCCAGAUGACGAGUAUCACGCAGAGCGACAUCAUCAGCACGCUGCAGUCGCUUAACAUGGUCAAAUACUGGAAAGGCCAACACGUCAUUUGCGUCACGCCCAAACUUGUGGAGGAGCACCUCAAGAGCGCCCAGUACAAGAAGCCGCCCAUCACUGUGGACACGCUGUGCCUCAAGUGGGCGCCUCCCAAAAACAAACAGGCCAAGCUGUCCAAGAAGUGACCAGAAGAAGCCGCCGCCGUUUGUGUAAAUAUGUGCCAUACUUUCUUCAAAUAUAGCAAAAAGAAAACAACCUCACUGGGGUGGACUCGUGUCAUCCGGCUGUUGAUGCGCUGAGCUUCGGUGCUUGUGCCACCACCUUUUUUUUUCUGGGGGGAGCAACCGAAUUUGUAUUCAACAUCAAGAAACACAACACUUACGGGUCAAUUGUCACACAGAAUGAUGUCUUUACAUUUUAACCUGAUGAGUUUUAACAUUAGAGAACUCGGUAAGUAAAUGAUCAAGUUCAAAUGUGGUUUUCAUCACAAAUGUUCAAGGUCAGCAAUAGGCUUCCGCAAAUAUAGAACUUAAAAAUACAAAAACAAAAAAAAAAAGGAGACAGUAUUUUCUUCGUCUGGGUUGUUUGUUUAUUUUGUUGCCAAAGUUGCUGUUUGAAGGCGUCUGUCCAUGUGGAAUACAAAAGGCACCGUCGCAAGUGUCGACAAAGAGCAGCGACAAA